GGUGGCCACCAGGAGCGGAGUGCGCGCGUUCUCCCCAAACGGAGGCGAAACGCAGGAAUGUUCCGCCGACAUGCCCUGAACUGUACUUGGGAGCAGUUGGUCAGGACCCCGAGAGGAGCAGCCUCGUGUUCACAGCUGUUGUUGUCGUGUGAAGGUCGCCAGUUCGAAUCCCACUCGACGGAGGUACUUACCUGGCUGACGGGUACAGCAAGAACACCCUACAGAAUGGGUAGAUCACUGUAAGCAAGGGAGGGAUCAGGUGAAGAGCUGUUAUUUACAGGUAAUAACACUUUCGCUUAUUUACAUGACGGUGCAGGUAACCAGCCAGAGCAAAAGAAGGGCACUUCGGCAGCUCGGCCAUCUGCUGAACCGUCGUCGAUGAGGCUGGAGCAGCUUCGGCUGGACACCGGAUCGGAUGUCCCGCCCUGAGCGCCCUUACCGUGUCGAGGCCACACCUACGGCCAGGAGGACGAGGAGGAGCACCGUGCAGGGGGGGGCUCAGCUGCACUCUGAUGCAACGAAUGAGCAUCAGCAUGACGAGGGCGGCUCUUCCACCUUGAUGGAGGCUCGCAGCUCCACUGUGAAGAGGAAGACAAGAUCAUCGACGCGCCAGGAGGAGAAUGCGGCCCAGCCAGAUUCCACUCACGAAGCUGAUGUCUCGGAAUCUGAGUCCUGCUGUUCAGCGGCGUCCGAGUCACGGUCCCGCCCUCACACCCGCAGCGGAAGGAGGCACAUCUCUCCGAGACGCAAGGCCAAUGCGAGGAAGGAGGAGGACGAGAUGUCCGAGGCAGAGUCGUGCUGCUCGUCGGCUUCAGCGACUCGGAGAACGAGUGUUCAAAGAAACACCCGGAGCCAGAGGAAGAGGCUCCCUGCGGACGACCAGCCUGAGCAGCAGGGCGACGGCAGCGAGCGAUCAGAGGCCGAGUUGGGCAGUUCUGUCAUCCUGAGGGCAUCUCGGACCCGGACCGGAGCCGCGUUAAAAUCUCUUGAGGAGGAUACAGAGCCUUCUGAGCCGGACUCCUGCUCUUCCAGCAUCUCCAGCCUUCGGAACACAGCUGUUCGCAGAGUGACACGGGCCAGGAGUGCCAGGGCCAUCUCGCCUAUCCCCAUGGAGCUGGAGGCUGACUCGCACGCCUCCAGGCCUCUUCAGACACGGGCUGGCAGAGCCAAACCCGCUUCAGCUAGCAAGUCUCAGCCGUAUGACUCGGAGGGCUUUGAGUCUGGGCCAAGUAACACUCCGAGGAGGUCCGCUCGCCUCUGCAGGUCAGCUACACAGCAAACUCAAUUGGCUGUUUUAUCCGAUUCGGAAUCUGGAUCAACGGAUGUGUAUAGUCCUCUCGGAAGCCCAUGUUCCUUGCGAGCCAAGAGCACCCCCUGCAGCAGUCGCACGGGGUCUGCAAACAGCAGCCGGGCUCUCUUACUUCCACAGGCCACAACAAAGGCUCAAGUUCCUAUGGACACCUUGAGUCAGUCGGCACAGUUGACUAUAAGCAACGCUGUAGAUGUUUUGGGGCAGGAGGGAGUCCUAGGUGCCGAUUCUCCUCUGGAUUCUGAGUGUAAGCUGACGGAGGAGCUUGAGCCGGAUAACACACUGACAGCUGAGUGCGAGGAAAUGGUAGAAGUGCAGGAGGCAUCACCGAACCAAACUGCCAUAGUGACAAUUUUUGAAAGUGCCAGCACUAACAAACAUGACGGCGAUGAAGAGCAAGGCGAUACCAUGGACACAUCUGUUGUCCCUGAGUCUCCACAGAUAGAGGUGAGCCAGAAGAGUGAGGGUAACACGAGCGUGAAUGAGGAAACAGACCUGGCUGAAGAAGUUAGUGCGGGUGAGAUGGUAUCAAACUGCAGUGUUCGAGUUUCCUUCUCGAACUGUGCCCCUGUGGAGGAUGAUAACGUUGAAGGGAAAGACCUUACUGGCCAAGAGACCCAAGAGGAUGACGUGGACAAGACUGUGAUUGAGGAGAGUGUAGAAGAUGGUGUUGGCAUGGCUGUGAGAGACGAGGCCGAAGAACCCGAAAAGCUGGGGCAGAAACCUGGUUUGUUUUUUUUGCUGGAGAGCAGUGAAGAAGAGGGUGAGAGUGAUGAUGGUGGGCAGUCAGCAGAGGAGCAGGAAAGUGAAGGAUCUGACCGCGAAGACAACACACAGCUGGAUGGGACCGAGGCGGGACCCUCCCACCCCAGACCCGAGGAACCAGUGCCCAUCGAUGAACUGUUUGUUGUCGACACUCAGCCUGGCCUCCGUCCAAAUGAAAAGUACUACUUGGAUGAGGAACAAAAGAGGGUGGAGAGCAGUGAUGCGGAGGACAAGAGUGAAGAGGAAUUCAUUGAUCAAGAAGUUGAUGAUGAUGAAGAGGAUGAUGAUGAUGAUGAUGAUGAUGAAGAUGCUAAGCUUCUUUUCAAAAGCAAAAAACCAGUGAUGGAGCUGUCCAGCAGUAUUGACCCAGGACUCAAAGUGAAAGAGAUGGGCGGUCUAUACAUCACUUUCGAUGGCACCAGAUCAAAGGCUGCCUCCGAUACUCUCAAAAAACUGAAGGAGCAGAAAAAUAUUGAUGAGCUGCUGAAGAAGAGCAUCAUUGGUCCUGAUUUUGAGAGGAAAGAUUCGGUGCCGCCAUACAAGGAAUCCAAGAAAGCACUGAAACUGAAGCGCAGGGAGGAGAGAGAGAAGACGACUGGAGACGGCUGGUUUAACAUGAAGGCCCCAGAAAUGACACAGGAACUAAAGAACGACCUGCAGGCACUAAAGAUGAGAUCUGCAGUGGACCCCAAGAGGUUCUACAAGAAGAACGAUCGGGAAGGAUUCCCCAAGUACUUACAGGUUGGGACAGUUGUGGAAUGUCCUUUGGACUUCUAUCAUUCCCGAAUUCCAAAGAAACAGAGGAAGAGGACUAUCGUGGAGGAGCUGCUGGCCGAUGCAGAGUUCAGGAAUUACAAUAAGAAGAAAUACAAGGAGAUCAUAGCAGAAAAAGCAGCGCUAGCUGCUGGCAGGAAGAAUCGCAAAAAGCAGAAAUUUAGUAAGAAGGAAAAGUGAUAAUCGUAAACUUCAUGCUUUUCAGCUACAAAAGGACUUUGGCAGGGAGUGCGACAUGUCGAGAUACCUGUUGUGGAGAGGGCAGUGUGGAAAAGUCAGAAUAUGUGUGUGCAGUGAAUUAUCUGCCUAUAUAAUGCAGGGGGAAUCCUCCUGCUAGAAGACCAGUCAUUUCCAGCUGUUGGACAGAGAUGGUUUCUGUUGUAAAUCGUGACAUUCACUUAUCAGAUUACCAACCCUAUUAAAUCAAUGCAAAACACAUUCUAAAAGCGAAUCUUACAAUUUAAAAAAAGACUUAAGCACCUGUGCCUUUUUCAAACAAUUUUAUUAAACAGUACACAUUAUAGUUUAUAUUAGUUUUGCAUUUUUAAAUAAAUGCAUAAACAAUGCAACCAGGUUAUCGUUUACAUUUAUUUAGGUGACAGUUUUUCCAAAACAAGUUACAAUAUUUAGCCAAUUUAUGGAGGUGGGUAAUGUCCUUUACUGGAACACUUCAGGAUUAAUACCUUCCUCAAGGGUACUACAGCAGGAGAGGGGAUUUGACCUUCUGGACUGGAAGACAGCAGCUCUACCCCCUACGGCACUUGCCGAACCAGUGACAUAUGACCAUUUGUACUAUAAACCUGUAUCCACCCUAAGACAUCUGUUUGGAUGACGACAGUAUUUAAAUAAAUAGGGGGUGUUAUUCAAGCGGUACCUGUGCAGUGUUCAAGCGCAAACUUGCUUUGACAAAAAUUGUGCAUGAUUCUGAAAUACCUCCAUGCAUCUCUUUUGUAAGAUGAGAUUGAUAAUGGCCCUUGCUGUGUUUCCCCACACCCCUUCAUUUGUAACAAACAUUCCUGUUCUGGUUUCAAGUGUUCUGUAAUGGGUCAGAAUCCCACCCUUCUGCUUCCCAGGACUUGCUCCGAGUCACAAUCACCCAUUUAUCCAGCAUAGUCUUAUGAAUUCAAUUCAGUUUAAGUAUCUUAAGGGAACUAUGAGAGUGGGACUUAAAUGGUUGUGUUUACACUCUAUUUAUUCAAUUAUUAGGAAAAAAUAAUUCUGAGCUAUAAAAUUAGGGCAUUGUGUUACUGGCC